UCACAUUGACCCAACUACCAUGGCACACUCAUAGUUGAACAAACUGGUAGUUACAUUAGUGGGUGUACUAAUACCUGUGUGUAAUACAGGUUUUUAAGCUUGAAAAGAUAAGGUUGACAUAACAAGCUUUCACAGCAGGAUGUUUGAGUCAGCUGCAGUCAACAUAGUUGAAUUAUUGGCUUUAUUAAGACUUUAACUAACCCCUCGUACUUGGUACAAACAACAGUGUUAUGUGAACUUGUGUCACAUGAAUAUUUGCAUACUGACAAAAGAUUUGUGGUCACUCAAAUUUGUUGAAAGACAAUACAUUACCCAGUGUUUAUAAAACAGUUUUAUUUGUACCUCAUGUAAAUCAGCAGAAAAAUCAGUGUUUACUGAGUUGUGAAGAACUACUAUGGAUAGAUGUGUGAGAAGUGAUGAUAAAACACACUUAAAGCAAUUAUUCAAGCAUACCAAGAAGGGAUGUUUAUAUAUAUAUAUAACACCUAUGACUGUGUGGCUGUACAUGGAAGGCAGUGUGUAAUGGUUGAGAAUAUCUGUUCAAGAUGUGUGCCUCAUGUCAGCUGCCAUAGAACAAGGAUGGUAUAUCUAAGAAAAUUCCUGUCAAGGAAACAUUUUAUGAAAAUAUGUAAGGCAUUGUUGCUGUCCACACUAGUUGUGUCGCUGAUUGUUAAUAUCUCCUUUGUGAUGGACACUGAUGGAGUGUUCGGUUCCCUUCAGCUUCCCAGAGGUUCGGAAUCGAAGGACAAGAAUGUACAGCAAUCACUUCACAGUUACCAUGGCAACCCAACUCCCUCACUUGUCAGGACGGUCAAGGUUGAGGUUGUAUCUAGCAAACAACUUGUGGCAGUCAAAGUGGAUGAUACCAGUAUCCACACAAGUGACGGCUUGGAUAUUGACAGAGGGAUCCACAUCGUAGUAUUGAAUCAGGUCAAUAUGAACGUGAUGGCCGUCCGCGUGUUUGACACCUAUCAGAAGCAGGAAGAUGAAAACAUGAUCAACUUCUUGGCGGACGUAACACCCGGCAGGAUCCUCAUCUUUGCCAUCAAAGAUGAGGGUACCUUCAAUCUGCAGGAGAAAUCACGGAGCUUUCUAGCAGACAUGGGCAGUGAGUUUGCACCCAUUCUGCACUGGAGAGACAUGUGGGCCUUCGUCUGUAUUCACAAAGGCAAGCGUCUGGGGGAGGCCUUCAAAGAAAGUGAGGACCUGAGUGUGUGGGCGGAGCCUGCCUACCUGUCAGUCAAUGUUACCCUGACAACUGCUAUUGAUGCAAAAUGCCCCUGGCCAGCUACAGCAGAAAACGAGCGUCGGCGUGUGUUUUGUAACAAGUACGAGGGUUACGGCUCAAUAUGCAGGUGUGACAGACCUGAUCCGAUCCACUUCAAUGUGACACCGUUGGCCAAUGGUGGCAUACUGGAUGUGCCAGUUACAGUGAUAGCCAGUAACAGACCAGCCUAUUUAUACAGAAUGCUCAGAAGGCUGUUAGUGACACCUGGAGUUCCAGUCAACAAGAUAUCAGUUUUCAUAGAUGGCUACCAUGACGAGCCACUAGCUGUUACGCGCCUGUUAAAUGUCCGAGGUGUACAGCAUGCACCACUGAGUCAAAAAAAUGCCAGGAUCAGCCAGCACUACAAGUUCAGCCUAACAGAGACAUUCAACACAUUCCCAGAUGCCCAACAUAUCAUUAUCCUUGAAGAAGAUCUUGAUGUAUCUCCAGAUUUCUUUUUGUACUUCCAGCAGACAAUGCCCUUGCUGGUCAAGGAUCCCACACUUUACUGUGUGUCUGCCUGGAAUGACCAGGGAUAUGAACACUCCUGUCAGGAUGAGAGGCUGCUGUACCGGAUUGAGACAAUGCCUGGACUCGGUUGGAUGUUGAAACGAUCGCUGUUUAUGGAUGAGCUGUUACCACAGUGGCCCUCAGCUGACAAGCUUUGGGACUGGGACAUGUGGAUGCGAAACAAUGGAAUCCGAAAGUCUCGAGAGUGUAUCAUCCCAGACGUGUCCCGUACCUACCACUUCGGGGCCAAGGGUCUGAACGUCAACCCACACUUCCAGGAGAGUUAUUUCAGCAAGCACAAACUACAGAGUAAACCAGAUGUGAAACUGAAGGAUGUGGAUAAAAUAACCAGUGAAAAUUACGAAGUUUUAGUUCGAGAUUUAAUUAAAAGUGCCAAAGUGCUGGAUCAUUCCAAGAAUCCAUGUGAUGAACACUUCAUUCCUGACUAUAAUGAUGAGACAUUUGUUUUGUAUAUAAAGAUGAAAACCCCUCAGGAUUAUGAAACAUGGAAACAGCUUGCCAGGUGCUACAAGCUGUGGGAUUUGGACGUGAGGGGAUUCCACAAGAGCAUGUGGCGACAGUUCCUACAUGGGAAACAUCUGGUGAUAGUGGGUGUCCCUGCCUCACCGUACUCUGAUCUCAAGCCUGCUGAUGUGAAUCCCAUAUACCUGCAAGAGCCCAAGAAAGAGACUCCAGCAACAGAGAAACCUGGCUGAACUUCAUAGUCUCAUAGAACAUGGGCUCUCUUAUAAUAGUUAUAUAUAUGCAUAUAGACUGCACGCUCAUAUAUGCUUAUAGUUGAUCUAUAUACAUUGGAGAAUGUGAGAUUACCAAUAUAUACAUACAUAAUGCGUGCUGACCCAAGUACACAUGAAAACUGUAGACUGAGCUCUAUAUACACACAUAGAUAUGCUGCAUUACCUUUAUAUACACACAUAAAAAUGUGGGUUGACCUCUAUAUACACACAUAGAAAUGCCGGUUGACCUCUAUAUACACAUAUAGAAAUGCCAGUUGACCUCUAUAUACACACAUAGAAAUGUGGGUUGACCUCUAUAUACAUACAUAGAAAUCCUGGUUGACCUCUAUAAGGAUAGACAAUGCAGAUUGACCAUACACUUCAAAGUGCAUAUAAUAAAAGAAUAAAGGCUGAUGCACAUAUGCUUACAUGUAUAUAUGUUUCAGGUUUGAGUAGGAUUUAUUUCAGAAUACCUUAGGCUUUUAGCCCAUGAGAACGCAUACGUAUAAUAGAUAUAAUACACAAUGUAGUCAACAGUGGUCAAUGACAUAUAAACAUAUAAUUUUAGCAAUAUAAAUUUAAAAUUUACAACAUUGAGAUUAAUACCAAUAUAUAAAUUAAUACAUGGGUACAAUGUAGACUCAAUACAUACACAUACAGAAUAGAAAGUCUGCAGUCCUGCUUAUUGUUGUAGGAUGCGGGUGAAGCAGUGUCAGAUGGUAUGCAUCAUGUUGUUUACUUUUUGCAUUCCCUUGUAUUUACAUGUAUUGCCAACGAAAUUAUAUAAACUGUCUGUUCAUGCAGUAUGUAAAUAAAGUGAGUGUCUAGUGAGUGACUGAAAUGUGCAAGUCACAUGUGUAGAAUUUAAAAAUGUCUUGAGCAUAAUUGAUUUCUAUGAAAAGAAGUGAGAGUAAUAAACUGUGAUACUUCUGAAGUUGUUUUUUUUAAGUACUCGCAAAUGGAAAUUUUCAGCCAAAGAUGAAUCUCUAGAAAUAUGUGAUCAAUUGAAACAUAAUUUUGUUUGUUUCCAAAGAUAAAUACUGACCUCUGCCAUUGGCAAGCAUGACUAUGAUGCUGUUUUACCAAAUGAUUUCUUUUUGGUCUGUUACAUAUACAUGAGCCUGGCUCUGUGAAAAGGGGAUUUAAUGCAUGUACGUAAAUAAGUGUUGUCGCACAAUAGCCAGUGCAGUUGGCACAGGCUAAUCAGGCACAACACUUUUGCCCUAAAUUAUAUUUUUCGCUAAGAAGAGGCAUAAAAGCGGGAAGUGUGGUCCCUGCUUAGCCUGUGCAGACUGCACUGGCUUAUGUGCGAGGACACUUUACGCACAUGCAUUAAACCACUUUUUUCACAGAGCAUGGCCCCAAUAUAUUCUGUGUUAAUGUCUGUUAUUUAGAAGAAAUACAAUUGUUUAAGAAUCGGAUGAUUUUGGUCUCUGAUGGUGAUUUUGAUAUUGAAAGUAAAAACUGACAAAUAUUUUGUUGUGAAAAAAUCUGUGAUUAUUUUUGCUGUUUUAUAAAUCCAGCUAUAGAUUUCUGUAUGUGUGUCUGUUAAAACCUUCUGCUGUUCAUUCGCCUGUCUGUUUAUCAGAAACUGAAAUAAGAGAAAAGUUCAUAUCAUUUAACUGGAUCAUGCUAUUUCUCAGAAGCACUGAAGAGUAUUAUAAAACAAUACUUGAUAUAUUUACCAAGGGUCAUGUGUUACUUAUAAGAGACCAUUAAAUUUUUAUAAUAAUUAAAAAGUCAGUUUUCUGUUCAUACUAAAAUGGAACAAAACUAAAUAUUUCUUUUUCUCAACAAUUACAUAAUAUUGUCAUGAAACAUGGUAUACAGAUCUGACUUAAUGUUUGCCUUUACUGGUAAUCCUUUCCUCUAUUCACCCAUCAAUCCGUCUCUGUGAUCUGAGAAAAAUUAAAAGACUCGAAAAGUACAUAGAUUGUGAUCAUGAAACUUGAUAUACAUAGGUAUAAAGAGUGAUGAGAGGAUUAAAUUGACCAUUCAUUCCUGUACAUUUUAUCUAGAAAGUGACUUGAAAUGAAGUACACAAAAUAAUGCAUUUUUUGCGAAGGUUCAUGACAUACAAAAGUGAAACUUCUAUCUAUCAUGAUUAGCAAUGUGACGGUAAUACACAUAUUCUUCCUUCAAAAGUAGUCGAUCAUCUGGUAAAAAAUCUUAAUAAUGCUGUGCUAAAUACAGAUUUUCAUUAUGAAAUCUUACAUGUGAACAGAUAAUUUGCAAUAUGAACGUUAUGCAAAUAUAUAUUGUAAUUGAUUAGGGUCAUUUUUUUGCCUUCUACACGAGCUGUUAUUCUACCCAGUUUGGCUUUUGAAGUAAAUUGAUAUUAAAUAAUAUGUGAAUAGUAUAGUUAUAAUGAAAAAUGUUGCUUCUGUUUGUAUGUUCGUUGAUUUAGUGUUAUUGGUAUCUUACCACCUAUGCUGUAAAUAGUUAAUUCUAUUUAUGUUAAAUAAUACUAUUUCACUGGAUGAUAGUGUAUUAGCUUAGUGUGUCAUUUGUAUAUUGUCAAACUAUAUUUAUAUUUAUAGUAAAUGGAUGACAAUGGGAA